AUAAACAAACUUACUCCAUCACUGACUUCUAUUCAACCCUCCCCUAAAAACCCAUUAUUUUAUUAUUAUUCUAAGUCUAAUAAGAAAGGUGUCUGUGUCUAGUCUCUACUCUCUUUACUUUAAUUCAAAAGGGCUCAAAUUUUUUCUAGUAUUUCAUUACACUUUUGUCUUUACCCUCCUUCUCUUUCCCAAAACUCACUUCAAAUCUAGGGUUUCAUUCUUUUUUUUUUUUUCAUCUCUGCUGUGUUGAAAAACUGUAUGUCAACUUUUUAAACACAAACUUACAACUUGGGUGGUAUUAUAGAGUUUUAAAUUUUAGACAUUUUUUCAGCUUGAGCUUUAAUAUGUGAUCUUUUUUAGUAGUUCUUUUGGUUCAACUUCCUUGUUUGUGUUUCUUUCUUCACUGAAAACUCCAACAUUUCCUUUUUUAGCCUUUUCCUCCAUUUCUUGAGAACCCCACUAAGCCUUGUCAAUUUUUUUUUUUUAACUAAUUUGAGUUAAAGAUUCAAUCUUUAGCAUUUUACACUGUUUUUUUCUAACUUGUUUGUGGUUCUUUUUCUUCACUGGAAACUCCAACAUUUCCCUUUUUUUCUUGUUUUUAGGCUUAAUCCUCUAUUCUUGAAAACCCCACUUAAGCCCUUGUUAAGUUUGCACUAAAUUUAUGUCAAAGUUUCAAUUUUUUUGUGUUUUUAGUUUUGUCCUCCAUUUCUUGAAAACCCCACUAAACCUCUUGUCAAGAUUUUACUAAUUUAUGUUAAAGUUCCAAUCUUUCUCUAAUUUUUUAGCUUAGUCUUGUUCUUGAAAACUCAACUUAACCCCUUGUCAAGUUUGUACUAAUUUAUGUUAAAGUUUCAAUCUUUUUGUUGAUUUUUAGCUAAAUCCUUCAAUUCUUGAAAACCCCACUUAACCCCUUGUAAGAUUUUUACUAAUUUAUUUUAAAGUUCCAAUCUUUUUGUGUAUAGAAGCAAAAAAAAAAAAAAAUCAGUUUAUUUUUGGUUCUGAGAGUUUUAGUGAGUAAAUGCAUGGAUGGAAGGGAAGGGAUGGUGCUAUCUGGUUCUGCUGCUUAUUAUCUCAACAGAGGGAUUAGUGGGUCUAGUUCUGGUGUUGGUGGUGGGUCUGGGGCACCCCCAGGGGUACCCACCCCACCUGUUUACAAUGUAGGGGGAGGUGGUACUUUGAGUUCUAAUACAUACCAAGUUGUUGAGAACCCAUCACCUCAUUUUCCUCAUGGAAUUAAUAUGAGUGUGGCAUCUAGUGUUUCACCUAGUGGUGAUCCAGUGAAAAAGAAGAGAGGCAGACCAAGGAAAUAUGGUCCUGAUGGGUCCAAAAUGUCAUUAGGACUUUCACCUUUGGCCUCUGGUACUCCUUCAAGUGGUUCGAUUACUCCGGGCCCAAAACGGGCCAAGGGCCGACCUCCUGGAAGUGGAUGGAAGCAACAAUUAGCUCCACUUGGUGAAUGGAUGAAUGCUUCAGCAGGAUUGGCCUUCACCCCUCAUGUUAUACACAUCAGUGUCGGAGAGGAUGUUGCGGCAAAGUUAUUGGCGUUUGCAGAACAGAGGCCUCGAGCUUUAUGUAUCUUAUCAGCUAAUGGAUCAGUUUCUGCUGUAACAUUACGGCCUCCUGCAAGUUCUGGUUCUACUGUCACUUAUGAGGGUCGUUUUGAGAUACUUUGCUUGUCUGGCUCGUACUUGGUCUCUGAAAGUGGUGGCCCACGUGAUCGCACGGGUGGUAUAAGUAUCUCGGUUAGUAGCCCUGAUGGGCAUGUGCUCGGGGGGGCUGUUGGUGGUAGGCUCAUUGCAGCCAGCCCUGUACAGGUGGUUGUAUGCAGCUUUGUAUAUGGUCCAAAGGUAAAGAGCAAACAAGAGACUAGUAAUACUAAAGGCGGCGAGGGAGAGUCUGCCGAAAAGUUGUCUAUACCGGUAAAUGCUACUACUACUCUGAGUCAAGAUCCGAAUUCAGCAACCGGUGUUUGGCCUCCAAUUUCAAGGCCGCCGGAACUAAGAAAUUCCCAGCCCGAGAUUGACCUGACGCGUGGAUGAUUAUUAAGAUUUGCUUCAAUGGACACAUGAUGACGGGGUUUGUAUAUAUGUGCUGUUGUUGUAAAUGAAACGCGGGAGGAGAGAUCAGCUCGAGCCAUUUAACUAGCUGCCCAUUUAGCAGAUGAUGAGGGAUUGUGCUAACACACUCAAUGUAACAAAUGUAUCCUCUUUUUAGGUUCUUUAAAGUAGCAAUGAUGGAAGUUAGAUUGUAAUAUUGCUGUCUUUAGAAGGUUUAAGUGUGAUGAUGGACCAUAUGUUAUUUUAGCAUAAUUGAUGAAUGAACUUUUUGCCUC